GAAGACAGGAAGUGUUCCUGUUCCUGUUGCUGUUGACGAGCACGGGCGUGAGAUAACGGAGUGCGGAGAUUUCGAGGUCAGGAUAUCUGUAACGAUGGAAAUGGAUAUAAGUGGAGUAUCCAGGACACGUGUCUCCAUUCUUCCUACAACUGACAUCAAAGCCACAUUGAAACCAGAAGCAGAGAGACCUCGCUGUGCCAGCACCCCAUGUUCACCAAUCAGAGGUACUGUUGCAGGAUACCAGAUUCUCCACAUGGACUCAAACUAUUUGGUGGGCUUCACCACUGGUGAGGAGCUGCUCAAACUGGCCCACAAGUGGUCAGAAGGUAAUCCUGAGAAGGCCCGUGUAUCAGAUGCAGUGUCCAGCUCCAUCAAGAGCACUGUCCCUAAGUCUGUGGACCUGGGCAUCCACCGGUCUUCACGUAUUUUCAAAGCCAAAGGCCGGUACUACCAACCAUACGACAUUCCUGCUACUAAUGGACGAAGACGAAGGCGUAUGCCCAGUUCGAGCGACACCUUCCUCAGAUCUCUGGCCCACGGCGAGUCUGGGAGGGCUCUGCAUGCUCCACUACCACUCUGUUUGCUUAAAAGUAAAGGUGCCCAGUCCAAGUCUCUUGACUACCUUAAUCUGGACAAAAUAAGUAUCAAAGAGUCAUCAGACACUGAAGUGCUACAGUACCAACUGCAGCACCUCAACCUACGAGGGGAGCGUGUGUUUACCAGAAACAAGACAUGAAAGCACAGUGAAACUUUUUUUAGAUGUGUUUCAUCCUCUGGGGUAUUUAGGUGCUAUUUCUAGACUUGUUUCUUUCUACUAUGAUUAUAAACAGUUCUUUAAGGAGACAGUCUGAUGAUAAUCUUGUUCUAUUAUUAGUUGGGGGGUUUACCUUGUUCUGUAUGCUUAGCAUUAUGAGGUUUUUGAGGUUAAAAAAUUGAAUUAUAUAAAUUUAGCAAUAACUGAUGGACCUAUUUAUUGACAAUUUUUAUUGGCAUUGUUGUGUGUUUGUAAUGGUUGGAUACACACUAUUAUACCAGCUUAUAGCUGAGAAAGCACAUAUCACAUACAGUAUCAGCUUUAAAAUGCACCGUUGACAUCAGUACAAUAGUUUUACUGUGACUGUUCUUGUUUGUUUGACAUUAAGGAACUGCAUUUGGAGUUGUCAAAUUAACAAUAUAACGUUAUUGUAUGUUGCACAUUUAUUUACGUAUUUAUUUAUUGAUGUAGUACUGUUGGUUUAGAUGUCAAUAUGAUUUCCACGCUCUAAUUUACAGUAAUGUAAGUAAAUCAAUUAAAAACAAAAAAAACAUGCCACUUGAAGUUUGUCGUAAUAUAAGAUAUGCCAUGUGCUUUUAAGAGGUUUUUUUUUUUCCCUCUGUCCAUAAUGAUGCACAAAUAUAAUAAUUAUCAGUGCUUACACUACCAUUUAAACGUUUUGACACACCUUCUGAUUUAAUGGUUUUUCUUUAUUUUUACAACUUUCCACAUUAUAGGAAGAGUUGCGUUGUGCAGAAGUCAGGUUGGUACACAGCUGAGAGCCCAACUGUUA